AUGGACACAUCGAAGCGGCCUCCUGAUAAGUUCAACCGCAACAAUGGAGCAGAGAGGAUAGCUCUGAGAAGGAUGUUGUCAAUCGCGUGUGACCACCGGGAUGCAGCUGUAAACGGAGAAGCUAGAGCCAAGGCGGAAGGGCUUCAGGUCGGUCAUGAGCCUCGGCCGACUGCCGAAGUUGGUCCAUGUAGGAAUACGAAUCCCAUAGACUUGACGACAUCACCCAGCAGCUCCUUUUCGAGAUCAUCGUCUAGCUCCUCGAAGUCCAUGUCAAAGAGAAGAGGGACUGGGUCAUCUGGAGGCUCCAAUGGCUCACAAUGUUCGGAGCGUGCAAGAAGAUCCUUGACGGUAUCACUGCAUGGCUUCUCGGACUCAGGAUCGGAUUGCAGAAGAGGAAGGGGGUCAUCUGGAGACUCUGAGAGCGCGUACGUGAGGGAGUGUGCACCAGAAAUGAUGUGGCUCGAUGACGAGGAGGGUCUGGAGGCAAUGGCAUACGAAGCACGACCCAAAGCCCAAGCUGGGAGGAAUCGCACUCUUGAGAGCAUUGCAAUCAUGGAAGAUGGCCGAGGUCAAGCAAAGCACUCCGUACAGCCAACCAUGACAACAAGCAAUCAGGUGAUGCGACCACUCGUUGGUGUGGUAAUCCAUGCUCAAACAAGGAAAACUCUUCAUAACGAAGGAAAAAGCUUUGGCCCAAGAUUUGACGAAAAGGGGAGAUACAAAGCGAAAGAGCAGCCAAGACCUUCUUCGUCUAAGCUCCCCGUGAAUUUGGACGACCUCCCCACCAUGAACUUCAGCGAGACUAAUCUCGAUCCCUUCUUCGGUCUCACUAUCCCGAGGGAAUCGCCUCCAAGAGAAGCUGGUCAUACAAAACGGACAGAUCAUGGAAAAUGA